AUGUUGACAACACUUCUGCUUAUCGCUGCUGCCCUCGGGGGUCCAUGCAAAUACUUAAAGGAUUUACACAGAAAGAACAAUGACUACCACGUCACAAGGCAAGACGCCGAUGGGGACCUCUAUUUUAACUUGUGUGGACAUGUCGACUCGGACUUGAGUAUCGAUAAGAGUGACAUUUCAGUCGUCUUAAACUCAACAACAUUUGAGAGUGUCAUUGUCUUGGGAUACACACACACGGAGACUGUAACGAUUUCCGAAGACAAGAACAAAGUCUCUUUUCACUACGAUGGACAGAGUUUGUCGACGUUGUUGCUCUCUGCUUUGGUCGAAGUCUCUUGUGGCCUUGAUACUUCAGCUAACAUUCAACCAUCGAAGAGUGACUAUAUGUUCAUAUUCAGUUUCACAUCGCCAUACGCCUGUAAUAUUAGUGAAGGCUUCCCGAUCGUUGGUGUAAUCUUGUGCUCUAUAUUGGUGGCGGGUAUCAUUUUGUACUUUGUCAUCGGAAUUAGUCUGAACAUUUUCGUCUUUAAAAGAAAUGGAAUGGAAAUCUUCCCAAAUUUUAAGUUUUGGUAUGGCUUGCCAAGACUCGUUUUGGACGGUAUGGAAUUCACUUUCUGUUGCAAGAAACCUGGUUCGGAAUACCAAAAUCUCUCAGUUUAA